UCACAUUCCUGUCUCGUCCAACAUGCACCUUCUCCAGCUCCUGUUCAGAGCCGGCCCCGGCGUCCUGCUCAUAGUUCUCUGUCUGCAGCUGGGGACCAACAAAGCUCAGGAAGACAAUCGAAGAGUGAUAACAAUGAACUUGCAGAUGCCCCAAACAGCAGAAGAAAAUGAAGAAGUCACUCUGAAGCUUACAGUUGGAACAGAAUUAAGAGAAUGUAUGGUGAUUAAAACUUCCCUCCGAGGCAGCCAUACAAUGGAUGGUCCUUUUAAUUAUAUUUACACCGCCUGCCUCUGUGAGGAUUAUCCAAGAACUUUCUACUGGGACUUUGAAGUCAAUAGAACUAUGGCAAUAGCAGCAAUGGUCCACAUUAUUGAAAAAGAAGGUAUCUGCCCUAAUAAGGCAGUGGUGCCCAAUGGACAAAAAUAUUUCUAUACCAUUCGGGGUAUACAGGUAGUCUGAUCUUGGUGGAAGCCCUUGUCUAACUGCCCCCCAGGGUGGUUCCUUUAAGGAAACUUGGCUGGAAUAUCUGUUGUGGUCUGUAAAAUA